GAAAGAUGCUUUGGGGUUCUUAAAAUGCGAUGGCCAAUUUUAGGAAGUCCAUCUUUCUACCCAAUUGCAACACAAAUCAAAACCAUUACUGCAUGUUGUCUGAUACAUAAUCUGAUUAGAAGAGAAAUGACACUUGAUCCUGGAGAAGUUGAAUAUGAUAGGAUGGAAAAUGUGGACAUUAAUGAAGAGGAGGACAUUAUAGGAUCAAUUGCUUCCUCGGAUCGAUGGACGAAUUGGAGAGAUGAGUUAGCUAAGCAAAUGUUUGCAAUGGAAGCUGGAGGUAGCAGUAACGAUAAUAGGGGGGGUGAAUCUAGGCGUACAUGGAGUAGAGGUGAGGAAGAAGCUUUGCUGGUUCUUUUAGAUGAAGCUGUAGCUAGUGGGCAACGUUGUGACACCGGAGCAUUUAAACCUGGUACACUUAAUAUGAUUGAGCAGCAACUGGCUGAAAUGUGUCCUAACUCGGGAUUGCGAGCAACUCCACAUAUUGAAUCGAAGCUAAAAAAGUGGAAGAAGCAAUAUGGUAUCAUAUACGACAUGCUGAACAAAAGUGGAUUUGGAUGGAAUGACACUCUUAAAUGUAUGGAGGUUGACAGUGACGAUGCUUGGAAAGCAUAUGUGCAGAGUAAUCCAAGUACAAAAAGUUGGAGAGAUAAACCUUUUCCGAUAUAUGAGAGGCUUGGUAAUAUUUUUGGGAAGGAUCGGGCAACAGGACAUGGAGCACAAACUCCAAUUAAUUUAGUUAAUGAUAUAAAUAUGGAGCCUGAAAAUGACCAAUUUGAUGAUGUGGGUUCUCCAAUGUCUAUGAAUCAAACACAUAGUCAACUGCCCACACAAUCCCAAUUAAGAGUUAGACAAGUUGGAGAAGUCUGAUAUCAACUAUCCACAAUACUUAGCUAUGGAGCUUGACAGGUUAGGAUUCCCUAUUACUGACAAUCUCAAAAUCUCUAAGGCAAUGAGAUCGGAUCCAUCGAACGUUGAGGUUUUCAAGAUUAUUAAAACCGAUGCGCAGAAGAUUGAAUUUGCUUGUGGAUUUUUGGAUAACUAAAUUAGUAUUGUUGUGGAUUAUAUAUUUAUGGAUAUGUAUGAGAGGAUGACAAUUAUGAACAUUUGGAAUUGAAACUUAUGGACAUAUAUUGGAACGUAUUGAAUGUUGG